UAUUUACUGAAAAAAAUGAAGAUCCUGGUUACCAGUUUGUGUAGAAGUCUGUGAAUCCCCCGAGUCACAAGUCAAGUUACGGUUCAUCUGAGUCCAAAGUCGAGUUAGUCACUGAGAUAAGUGUCACUGGAGGUUAAUUAAUUACGAGUAUGAGUUGAUGAUUGUAGUGAGUCUGUGAUAAAUCCUAUUGGCGACUCGAGACCAACUCAAGUUGAGCCAAUGACGAGGACCUCCUCAACACUGUUUGUUACCACUGAAGAGCUUGAGGUGUUAAUGUAUAUUAUAUAAUGCAGUUGUUACUAAUUUUCAUCAUAUUUCCUGAAUUUUCAAGUUGAUCCAAUUUAAAAGUAUGCUUGUCAGGAAUAACGAAUUUCAUGCUAUUUUUUUGUCGUAUCAAGUCCUUUCAUGAUAUGAUUUAUGUUAGAUAAUUUCUUGUUGCUUAAAGAUGUCUUAAAAUGAAGUGUGCCUAAAUACCUAUUUAAUAAUGAUUCAAUUUUUUGUAUUAAUUAUCACAAAUAUAAUCUUGUGUUUAAGUAAUAUAUCAUUCUGCUUGAAUUUUACGACUUAUAAAUUGCAAGUUGUUUUCUUAUAAUGAGAUAAGGUACAGUUCCAUCAUUGUGACGUGGUUUUCUGGAAAAUCACCUAAGGAGAAAGUACAGUACUUUAUUGGACAAUUAUUAUGAUUGUGAUCAUUUUGUAGUGAUGUGCAUUUAAUUAAAGGAUAAGUGAAAAUGGAGGAAAAGAAAAAUGUAGUUGGCUUAUCAAUUCAUAAUUAUGCAUUAUACUAAUUCGUAAAACCACUGUAAAAGUUGGAAUGUUGCGCAAUGCACAAAAAUUCUUACGUCACUGACAAUAGCAUUUCUAGACAAAUUAAUUAUGUACCAGAAGCAGAGCUUCCUAUCAUUGUGUUAUCGAAACAAUUAGUCAGUGCAGCAUAUGGAAGUGUAGACAAUAUGCAUGGGCAGUUGCGAUCGGGAAAUGUAGUGUUUUUACGGAGUUAAUUUUCAUGUCAAAUGUGGUAGGAUAACCCAGUUCAGAAUGUUGAUGAGAAUACGUGUUCUGAUUUUAUUAAUUGUAUUCUAUUUUGUGUAUAUGAUUAUUGGUGCUGCGGUAUUCAUGGCUAUGGAAAGACCAGUGGAAAAACAACGAUGCAAGGAUGCAAAACAAUUUAAAGAAAAAUGGUUGAAUCAAACACGUAAUAAUGAAGGUUUUACAGAAGAAACUUUAAACAAGUUUAUUAAGAAUGUCACCAUAUUUUCUGGUCAUGGUAUUAGUCUUCAAGGUAAUGUCAAAUGUCCAGCAAAUUGGGAUUUUCAAAGUUCAUUGUUCUUCACAGGAACCAUCAUCACAACCAUUGGUUAUGGGAACCUUGCUCCAACACAAUGGUACAGUCAGAUAUUUUGCAUAUUUUAUGCGUUAAUUGGAAUUCCUUUGUUUGCAAUCAUGUUUACUGGAAUAGGAGAAUACAUGUCUGUUCUGGCCGAGGAAGUUCUGAAAAAGUUUCAACCGCCACAAAAUGCUCCAGAAGGGGAAGUACAAAUUGUGAAUGCAUUUUUUGUAUUUGUUCUCAUCGUUGGAGGAAGUUUUAUAUUUUUCCAACUCAUUCCUGCAGCAAUUUUUACAUUUGUUGAGGGAUGGAGUUACAGAGAAAGUGUUUAUUAUUGUUUCAUUACUCUGACCACUGUUGGAUUUGGAGAUUUUGUUGCAGGCACAAAUCCCGAAGUACAAUAUAUUGCUUUGUAUCGUAUCAUGGUGUUGUUCUGGAUAUUAUUUGGACUAGCUUAUACAUUUACUGCCAUUGAUCUUAUUAUUCAUUCUUUGAAAGCAGCCGUGUCUAAAUCAAAGUUUGUCGACUUCAUCUUGUAUAAUUGGGCUGAAGCAGAAGUGUCACUUCAUUCUGAAGUUGAAAGUCUUCUUGGUGAUAGCAGUUCAGGAGCAGAGGAUUUGGCCGAUGAUGUAUUUUCCAGUCCAGAGUUUGCUAUGUUUCGGAGACCUGGCUUUGGUAUGACAGACAAUGAUGAUGAUGGAGGAACAGGGGCUACAACAACCGGUGUAUUGAGGAAUGAUGAUACAAAUGCUGAAGAUCAUCUGGUUGAUCCACCUGCUGAAGAUCACUUAUUUAAUCCUGCAAGUUUUGUUACAACAAACGUUGGACCACGAGAUGGCAAUGCUGCCAUAGACCAUGAGAUUACUGGUGGGUCUGAAGAUGGCAAUGUGGAUAAUGCAGUUAAUUCAUCGUGGCUAGGGGUUCCCGCAACUAACACUGCGAGUAAUACCAAUGCAGGAGCAAACGGUCUUAAUGCAGUAAGCAAUAUUGUUGGUGGAGUGAUGGCAGGUAAUCUAACAACACCUAGUUCGACCGCUGCCCCGCCCAUUAAUACAUCAUCCGAUAAUAAUGAAAGCCAUAUGGCGACUACCAGUACGAAUUCAGUGGGGACAACUGGGAAUAUGUCAAAUACAGGUACAUCGAGUGCAAAUGCUGCUGCAAAUACGUCAACUUCUAUUGCACUAGAUUCUAACGUUAAUAAUACCAGUUCCUCGACCACUCUAACACAUAUGGGUGGCAAUACUGGUGCAAUCUCCCAUCCAUCCAACAUUAGUACAGCAGUGUCUUCCCAUGCUACAAUUGGUGUUCCAGGGCCUGCUUUGGCUGUUGGUGGGUCAAGUGAUGAUUCUGUUUCAAAUACUGUAGGCGAUCCCACAACAUCUACUAGUUCUGUUGUUAAUGCGCAUCCUGCGAUGCCAAUCCCUAUAUCAUCUACACAUAUUGUUCCCGCCAACAUGUCUGCAACAAAUCAACCCACACAUACCGUUUCUAAUAUAGCCCCAAAUACUGGUAGAGCUGUGACUGGAAAUUCAGGUAUGGGUUUUAGUGGGUUAACAAAUGCUAUUUCUGGUAUUUUGGAGAACAGAAACACCAAUAUGGGUGAAGGUCUUGAAUCCGUUAUCAGUGGUAGAACCACGGCGGGUGCGACAAACAAUGGUUCUGGUGGAAAUGAGGGUGAGUGAGAUGUACUGUUCCACGUCGCACCUGUACGCUUGUUUGCAUUUGCAAAUAAGGUGGAUAUCUGUUUUAGGUGCAUUCGAAUUUAGUGCUCUCGGUUCUGAAGAUGAGAUGUGCGACUUGGAAGAAAACUAUAUGAACACCCAACGAUCGUUUUUUAUUAGUCUGGCCUGUUCAUUUUAUUUAUUUUUUUAUGGUCGCAUUUCAUCGAACCUGGAGGAUUUGAAUCCAACAGGAUUUGGUUUCCGCCUUUCAGGCGGCAUGCAUCAAUUUUUGUAUUUCAAUUUUCUAAUUUAUUAAUUAAAGACACACGUUUUUUCUCCCGUGGACAUCUCUCUCGUUUAUUCAAACUUGCGUCUGCUCGCAAAGAACCCGUAAAAUCGGUUAAUAUCAAACACUGACUCGUUAUUGCACAGUUUUUGCGUUUUCGCCAUGCGUCAAUUUUUGUAUUUCGGGUUUCGAAUUUAUCAAUUAAAGACGAGCGUUUUUUCUCGCGUGGAAAUCGCUCUCGUUUAAUUAAGUAAAAUCGGUAAACAUCGGACACUAUAAUCUCAAUCGGCGUAUUCCGGACAAGAAGUCGUCGAAGAACACAUCACGGCGAAGACUCGUUAUUGUACUAUUCUUCUGCUUUGCUAUCUAGCUGGGGUAUAAUUAUAAUAUUUAUUUAUGCCUAUUUACUGGCUAUAUUCCGAUAAUCUAAUUGCAACAAUAUUUAAUUGUUAACAGACAUGCCUUGCUUCAUUUUACAUUAAAUAAUUCUUCGCGACCUGCGAGUUUUCCUAAAAUAAUGAUGCAUAUAAACCAAAAGCCAGGCGUUGAAUGUUAGACAUUACUUGCGAUUAAUCUAAAUUAAAUAUUAUUCAUGGAUAAUUUUAUUACACCAUUUUCCGAAAUACAAAUUUAUAUCGCAAAACACGACGAUCUGUCACAUUUAAA